AGGGCCUGUCCAAUGAUCUGAACAACUGUGUACGUGUCCUCGCGAGAUUCCGUGGUGAUAGUUUGAAUCCUAUUGAAUCCAAGGAGCUGGUCGGUCGGUCGGUUGGUCGGUGUUUCCAAUGGGAAGGGCAGAAGUCUGGAACUGAGAAGUAACCCGUUUGUAAGUUUCAACGAACAACACAAAUGCCAUUUUCGGAUCAAUCCACUUUUAUACCGAAGUGACAUCGGUGAAUCGUUGUAGUUCAAAAACAUUUUUCUCCCCCCAACGGGAAAAAGCCGUAAGGUGGAUCUUUCUUUUUUUUUUUAACGGUAGUGUGGUGUCCAGAACAGAUCCAGCCCUGUGGGCCAUACGAGACCAGACCUGGAGAGCUGGCCCAGGCCGCCACCAGAGACCACCACCAUGUCUUAACAGCCUACGCCUACUCCUUAACACCCUGUCCCCCCAGCCCCUCUCACCAUCCCCCUCCCUCCCUGUCGAUGCCCCCCUGCCUGGUGGCGGUGGAGCCUCCUCUGGUGGGGAGAUGAGCCUGCAGCAGCUGAGGGGGGAUCGGGGAGGUUCUGGGUCUGAGAGGGACCUCCACUCAGCAGCCUCCUCCAUCAGCCUCCCCUCCGUCAGGAAGGCCCCCAAGAAGAGACGCCUCUCCCUGCGCUCGCUGUUCAGCCGGCGCCACCGUGGGGACCGAGACCACAAGAGGAAAUCACAGGACUUACAGGGCGUCGGUGUGGACGGGAUCGCCAGCGUGGAGAGCAUCCAUUCAGAAAUAUGUCAUGGCGACAAGACCUCGACUCUCUCAGCCCCUGUUGCGGCCUCUUCCUCCUCCGAGUUCCUGGAGUGUCCUCUCUGUCUCCUCCGCCACUCCAGAGACCGUUUCCCUGACAUCAUGACCUGCCACCACCGCUCCUGUGCCGAUUGCCUGCGCCAAUACUUACGGAUAGAGAUCAGUGAGUCGCGCGUCAACAUCAGCUGUCCAGAGUGCUCUGAGAGGUUCAACCCCCACGACAUCCGCAUCAUCCUGGGAGACCAGCCCCUCAUGGAGAAGUACGAGGAGUUCAUGUUGAGGCGAUGGCUGGUGGCCGACCCAGACUGCCGCUGGUGCCCCGCCCCCGACUGCGGGUAUGCAGUCAUUGCCUUUGGCUGUGCCAGCUGUCCUAAGAUCACAUGUGGGCGUGAGGGUUGUGGCACAGAGUUCUGCUACCACUGUAAGCAGCUGUGGCACCCCAACCAGACGUGUGAUGCAGCGCGGCAGCAGAGAGCCCAGAGCCUGAGGCUGCGCACCUUCCGUUCCUCGUCUCUCAACUACAGCCAGGAGAGUGGUGCUGCAGCCGACGACAUCAAGCCGUGUCCGCGCUGCGCUGCUUACAUCAUCAAGAUGAACGACGGCAGCUGUAACCACAUGACCUGUGCCGUGUGCGGUUGUGAGUUCUGCUGGCUCUGUAUGAAGGAGAUCUCUGACCUGCACUACCUGAGCCCGUCAGGAUGUACCUUCUGGGGUAAGAAACCGUGGAGCAGGAAGAAGAAGAUCCUGUGGCAGCUGGGCACGCUGGUGGGCGCUCCGGUGGGCAUCGCUCUGAUCGCUGGCAUCGCCAUCCCCGCUAUGAUCAUAGGCAUCCCUGUCUACGUGGGGAGGAAGAUUCACAAUCGCUAUGAAGGAAAGGACAUCUCCAAACACAAGAGGAACUUGGUGAUAGCGGGGGGCGUGACCUUAUCAGUCAUUGUCUCCCCCGUGGUGGCAGCAGUUACUGUUGGUAUCGGCGUGCCCAUCAUGCUGGCAUACGUCUAUGGGGUGGUGCCCAUCUCUCUGUGUCGCAGCGGUGGGUGUGGCGUCUCCGCCGGCAACGGGAAAGGGGUCCGCAUCGAGUUUGAUGACGAGAAUGAGAUGAACGUCGGAAGUGCAGCGGCUGCAACUGACGCCACAUCCGUGGCAGAGACCAGACACAACCCCAGCAUCGGAGAGGGCAGCGUGGGGGGCAUGACGGGCAGUCUGAGUGCCAGCGGGAGCCACGUGGACAGGAUGGGUGCCAUGAGGGACAACCUGAGUGAGAACGCCUCUACCAUGGCUCUGGCUGGGGCCAGCAUCACUGGCUCUCUGUCUGGCAGCGCCAUGGUCAACUGUUAUAACAGGUUGGAGGUCCAGGCGGACGUUCAGAAGGAGCAGGGUAGUCUGAGUGGGGAGUCGGCCAACAUCAGCUUGGGGACAAUCAGUGACAACACCAGCACCAAAGCGAUGGCUGGAUCCAUUCUCAACUACAUGGACAGAGAGGGUAGUCUGGAGGUGGACAUGGAGGGGAAGCAGGAGAAGAAGCUCCAUCACCAUAGCAACAGCAGCAGCCUGGACGACGCCAGCGGCGAGGGGAGAGGGGUGGGGGGGUGUCCCUCCUCCUCCAAAUGGGUGAAGGACCCCUCUUCCUCGGGGGGUAAGAAGAGCAAGGGUAAGCUGAGGACGAAGAAGACCAGCGGAGGAACGAAGAUCCAGGAGUCUCGCGAGGACAUGGAUGCUCAGCUCCUAGAGCAGCGCAGCACUAACUCCUCAGAGUUCGACUCCCCCUCCCUCAGCGGCUCCCUGCCCUCCGUAGCAGACUCCCACUGCAGCCACUUAUCAGAGUUCAGCUGCUCUGAUCCUGAGACCUCCAGACCUCCUCCUCCUCUCACCCCCUGCUGCAUUGACCUCCACCCCCAACGGCCCCUCACCUCCCUGGGAACAGACCUGGUCACCGUCACCCCCUUGCCGGAGGUGGAGAACGACCAUCUGGAGAACUGUCCCGCUGCAUCCCACUCCUCCUCUUCCUCCUCGGCCCCCGUCUACACAGAAGGAGGGUUAGGAGGAGGAGGAAUGCUCCUCUACAUCGCCGAGGAGAGCUUAGGGCUAAUGAGGACGACGCAGGAGGAGCUGGACUCCCUCGCGGUGGAGGAGGUCCUGAAGGAGACCAAUAACAACAUGUUGGAUGGAGGUGUCGUCUCCCAGCAGCCUUCCAGCCCUGUGAGGAGUGGCUGCAUUCAGACUGAGAUAUAAACUCUCCUGACUGACUUGGCUGGCUGGCUGGCUGGCUGGCUGGCUGGCUGGCUGACUGACCUAAUGUUUAUGACAGUUUUUUUCACAGCUAACCUGACAUCCACUUCUGUAUCUGAGUGGUGCAAGCUCGCUUUACGGAAGAGUAGAGAGAAAGAUAGGACAGGAGAGGAGGAGAGGUUUGUCUAAUGAUUGUGUUUUAUCCAUGUCUGCUAAUAUGAAAUAAUGUGAUGGUUGAGGGUAGACAGGGUAGUGAUACAGGUGGAUGAAUAAGGUAGACUGGGUAGUGAUACAGGUGGAUAAAUAAGGUAGACUGGGUAGUGAUACAGGUGGAUGAAUAAGGUAGACUGGGUAGUGAUACAGGUGGAUGAAUAAGGUAGACUGGGUAGUGAUACAGGUGGAUGAAUAAGGUAGACUGGGUAGUGAUACAGGUGGAUAAAUAAGGUAGACUGGGUAGUGAUACAGGUGGAUAAAUAAGGUAGACUGGGUAGUGAUACAGGUGGGUGAAUAAGGUAGUGAUACAGGUGGAUAAAUAAGGUAGACUGGGUAGUGAUACAGGUGGAUAAAUAAGGUAGACUGGGUAGUGAUACAGGUGGAUAAAUAAGGUAGUGAUACAGGUGGGUGAAUAAGGUAGACUGGGUAGUGAUACAGGUGGAUAAAUAAGGUAGACUGGGUAGUGAUACAGGUGGAUGAAUAAGGUAGACUGGGUAGUGAUACAGGUGGGUGAAUAAGGUAGUGAUACAGGUGGAUAAAUAAGGUAGACUGGGUAGUGAUACAGGUGGAUGAAUAAGGUAGACUGGGUAGUGAUACAGGUGGAUGAAUAAGGUAGACUGGGUAGUGAUACAGGUGGAUAAAUAAGGUAGACUGGGUAGUGAUACAGGUGGAUGAAUAAGGUAGUGAUACAGGUGGAUAAAUAAGGUAGACUGGGUAGUGAUACAGGUGGAUAAAUAAGGUAGUGAUACAGGUGGGUGAAUAAGGUAGACUGGGUAGUGAUACAGGUGGAUAAAUAAGGUAGACUGGGUAGUGAUACAGGUGGAUAAAUAAGGUAGACUGGGUAGUGAUACAGGUGGAUAAAUAAGGUAGACUGGGUAGUGAUACAGGUGGAUAAAUAAGGUAGACUGGGUAGUGAUACAGGUGGAUGAAUAAGGUAGACUGGGUAGUGAUACAGGUGGAUAAAUAAGGUAGACUGGGUAGUGAUACAGGUGGAUAAAUAAGGUAGUGAUACAGGUGGAUAAAUAAGGUAGUGAUACAGGUGGAUGAAUAAGGUAGACUGGGUAGUGAUACAGGUGGAUAAAUAAGGUAGACUGGGUAGUGAUACAGGUGGAUAAAUAAGGUAGACUGGGUAGUGAUACAGGUGGAUAAAUAAGGUAGUGAUACAGGUGGAUAAAUAAGGUAGUGAUACAGGUGGAUGAAUAAGGUAGACUGGGUAGUGAUACAGGUGGAUAAAUAAGGUAGUGAUACAGGUGGAUAAAUAAGGUAGACUGGGUAGUGAUACAGGUGGAUGAAUAAGGUAGACUGGGUAGUGAUACAGGUGGGUGAAUAAGGUAGACUGGGUAGUGAUACAGGUGGAUAAAUAAGGUAGACUGGGUAGUGAUACAGGUGGAUAAAUAAGGUAGUGAUACAGGUGGAUAAAUAAGGUAGUGAUACAGGUGGAUAAAUAAGGUAGACUGGGUAGUGAUACAGGUGGAUAAAUAAGGUAGACUGGGUAGUGAUACAGGUGGAUAAAUAAGGUAGUGAUACAGGUGGAUAAAUAAGGUAGUGAUACAGGUGGAUGAAUAAGGUAGACUGGCUACAGGGAGGGAGAAAGCUGUCCUACUGGUUUAAGGGUUUUAUUCUUAUAGAAGAGAUGUUGGCAGUCUGGAUGGGAAGUCUUAUAUCUCACGUCCAGAGGGUUUUUGGUCGGCGGUAACAUUUAGAUGGACCAAGGCACAUAGAAAGUUCCAGUUAAAUGUACGAGGACAGAGGAAGAGGUGUAUCAGUGUUCUAUACCAGCCUUCACAUGGGGACAGAUUCUCCAGGCCACACGACUCUCCAUCCAGGAAGCUUGAUUGGAUCAGAGGCAAAACAAACCCUGUCUCAGGUGCCAUCCUAUUCACCAUGUACUGCGUUACUAGAUGAGUAGGGUUCCAUUUGACACAGACUUCUACAUAGUAGUAGUGCUAUUUCUGUGCCAGCCAGCCAGCCAGCCAGCCAGCCAGCCAGCCAGCCAGUCAGCCAGUCAGCCAGCCAGCCAGCCAGCCAGCCAGCCAGCCAGUCAGCCAGCCAGCCAGCCAGCCAGCCAGCCAGCCAGCCAGCCAGCCAGUCAGCAGCCAGCCAGCCAGCCAGUCAGCCAGCCAGUCAGCCAGCCAGCCAGCCAGCCAGCCAGCCAGCCAGUGGCAUCACACCGCAGCGUAAAGUUUCAAUAUAAACCGGUCAAUGAAAAGAUCAAACUGACCUAAGAGGGACCAGUCAAUAAGUCAUUUUUUAUUUUUCCGUGAUGAUUCUAUAAAAAAAAAAAAAAUGAAUAUUACUUUUAAGAUGUUGAUUAAUUUUGUUCUGUAGUCCUAGUAUUUGAUUUUCCAUGUUGAACCUUGUGCUGGGUCAGAUCCUGUGUUGGAGGGGGGAAGGAAGAGCCAACCAAUUUAACCCUUUUGUCUUCUUAAACAACACAGAUUUUAACUGUCAGGAUUGGAUUUACAAUAUAAAGUAAAUAUUCCAGAAAGAAUCAGGACUGAAGAGUUGAUCUGGAUCAUCAUCGUCAUCAUCAUCAUCAGUAGGGUGAAAACAGUGAUUGUUGAGACUCUCUUCAUUCUGUUAUAAAUGUAGAUCACUUCUAAUUAAAAUGGUGAUUUAA